AUGGCCAAUCAGAAAGGCGCUCUCGAGGGAUUCUACAGACUUAUCAUGCGCCGUAACUCAGUCUACGUCUCCUUCAUCAUCGCCGGCGCUUUCUUCGGCGAACGGGCUGUGGAUUACGGUGUUCAUAAGCUCUGGGAAAGCAAGAAUGUUGGGAAACGGUAUGAAGACAUCUCUGUGUUGGGUCAAAGGCCAAUUGAAGAAUGA